UAGAGAGACAGCAGAGGCAACGGCCCUCUUCUGGAGGGGGGGCUUAUUAUAACAAAUAUAUACACACAUGUGUGAACUGUUUGGCCGCACGAUAGGUCAUAUGUGGAUAACAGUUAUUUUAGAAAAGCAUACAGCCGCGGCUUUACAUUUAAAAUGCCUAUUUUACUUUUCCUGUUAGACACGUCCGCCUCUAUGAAUCAGCGCACUUAUUUGGGUACGACGUAUCUGGACGUUGCUAAAGGCGCGGUUGAGGUCUUUAUGAAGCUGCGUGCCCGAGACCCGGCUAGUAGAGGCGACAGGUACAUGCUAGUUACAUUCGAUGAUCCACCAUACGGAGUGAAGGCAGGCUGGAAGGAGAACCACGCCACCUUCAUGUGCGAGCUCAAGAACCUUCAGGCAUCUGGGCUGACGACAUUAGGUCACGCUCUGCGCACAGCUUUUGAUCUGCUUAACCUCAACCGCCUCGUCUCAGGCAUCGACAACUAUGGACAGGGCCGUAACCCCUUCUUUCUUGACCCAUCUGUGAUCAUCACCAUCACUGAUGGGAACAAGCUUACGCACAGCUCAGGGGUUCCAGAUGAGCUGCACCUGCCUCUGAACUCUCCGUUGGCAGGCAGCGAGCUGACCAAAGAGCCCUUUCGCUGGGACCAGCGUCUCUUCGCACUGGUCCUGAGGCUGCCAGGAGCGGCCACGCCAGACAACGAGCAGCUCGGCAGCGUCCCCACGGAUGAGUCUGCCAUCACACAGAUGUGUGAAGUCACUGGAGGGCGAUCGUACUGCGUGCGGACACAGAGGAUGUUGAACCAAUGUCUGGAGUCUCUGGUACAAAAGGUUCAAAGUGGCGUCGUCAUUAAUUUUGAGAAGACGGGGCCAGAUCCGCCUCUCGUUGGGGAAGACAACUCAGUGGAGUCAAGUCGUCCUGUGUCAGCCUUCAGCCCACAGCCAUGGCACAGCUGCCACAAACUCAUCUAUGUGCGACCGAACCCAAAAACCGGGGUUCCAGUAGGGCAUUGGCCCAUACCAGAGUCCUUCUGGCCGGACCAGAACUCACCGACCCUGCCACCUCGCACUGCACAUCCCGUGGUGCGUUUCUCUUGUGUGGACUGUGAGCCCAUGGUGAUCGACAAGCUUCCCUUUGACAAGUAUGAACUGGAACCAUCGCCACUCACCCAGUACAUUUUGGAAAGGAAGUCUCCACACAUGUGUUGGCAGGUGUUUGUUAGCAGCAGUGCCAAGCAAAAUGACCUGGGGCAGCCUUUUGGCUACCUUAAAGCCAGCACCACUCUCACCUGCGUCAACCUGUUUGUCAUGCCUUACAACUACCCGGUCCUUCUCCCACUCCUCGAUGAUUUGUUUAAAGUGCACAAACUAAAACCAAACCUCAAGUGGCGGCAGGCUUUUGAGAUGUACCUGAAGACAAUGCCUCCAUACUACCUAUUGCCCUUAAAAAAGGCGUUGAGGAUGAUGGGUGCACCGAAUCUUAUCGCAGACACCAUGGACUGUGGCCUGAGUUACAGUGUGAUCUCUUACCUGAAGAAGCUCAGUCAGCAGGCAAAGAUGGAAUCAGAUCGUCUGAUCGUGUCUGUGGGGAAGAAGGCUCCGCAAGAAACUGGCAUAAAGGUGAAGAACCACUCCAGCGCUCUCUCUCUGGCCCACCGCCGGGACUUCAAGCAGCUGCUGCAGGGAAUAGCCGGAGAGGGGCCCCUUCGCCUGGUGGACAUCAACUUCAAAGAGUUUGCUGGCUUCCAGAUCGCCCUGCUCAACAAGGAUGUAAAGCCUCAAGCUUAUCGAAAUGCCUACGACAUCCCAAGACGGAACCUUCUGGAUCAGCUCACCCGAAUGCGCUCCAAUUUGCUGCGGACGUCACAAAAACUGAUCCGAGGGCAAGACGAAGACUACCUGCACAGUAUUCCAGUGGCUCAGAUGGGAAACUAUCAGGAGUACCUAAAAAUGAUGCCGUCUCCACUGAGGGAGAUCGACCCUGACCAGCCCAAACGCCUGCACACAUUUGGGAAUCCUUUCAAGCAGGAUAAGAAGGGGAUGAUGAUCGAUGAGGCAGAUGAGUUUGUAGCUGGCCCUCAAAGUAAGAAAAGAGGAAAUUCCAGCGACCCCAGCUCGGGUGUCACUAUGAAGAGGAGGCGGAGUAUGUCCCCGUUACUGCGGCGGCCGCAGACUCCACCAGGCGGUACCAACCAUGUGGUGUUGGGAAAGAGUCCGGCAGGGCUUCAAGGGCAGCCGAACCUCCUCAAACCCAUCCCACAGCACAAAGGAGUGGAUGGCAACAACAUGGUGGUCACUGAGAGCAACGGUGACUGUGUUAUUGGGCUUGAGCCGGGGGAGAUCUGGCCCGCUGAGCUGGACGCCGCAGCAGGAAGCCCAUCCUCACUGAGCCUAGAGGAGAAGGUCGUGCUGGGGGUGGCAGAUCAGGGAGAGGACAUCAACAUGGUGGAGGAGAGACUGGUGGAGGAUCAUCUAGAUGAGCAGCCGCCGGAGGAGAAACACAACUGCGAGCGACUGAGUCCACAGAGCCAGCUGGAGGGCACUGAGGCCGACCCUGCAGCACUUGAGCCCAUAUUCAUAACCCCGCUGGAUGGCAGCCAAGCAGAGCUGAGAACACGGGUCAUCAAGGAGGUCCGCAAACCUGGGCGAAACUAUGAGGCAAUACUCAGAUUACUGCAGCAGGUGAAAGGACCAGUUAAUGUUCGCAAGUACUUCAUCCAGCAUGCUAUCAAAGAGGCCAUCAGGUUCAAGAAGCGGGUGCUGAUCCAGCAGCUGGAGACGGCCCUCACUGAGGUGGAGGAGGAGCACACAACUUCCCUGCAGCUUCCCAACGAUCAUGGCAGUUAGUGACGAAGCCAUCUGCGCUUUGUUAGGAAUAAAGCCCCUCUCCUCUGAGUUGUAGUUUGUCAACCGGUGGAUUAACCACCAUAUGAGACGUCCUUGUUGAGUAGCCCGAAAAAGACAAAUUGGGGCACUGGGGGUGAAAUGGACAAAUGCACCAAUAGCAGAUGCUCCCACUGUCCCUGUUCUGUUACAUCACAUCCUGUUAGAGGUGGAGGGUAAGGGGCUUAACUGGAGGAGGGGCCUUCAGGACAGAUCCACUCCGGAUUAGUAAAGAGACUUUAAAUAUAAUCCUCUUUAUAUUGACAGAUGCCUUAAACACCCAUUUGGCUUUUGUCUGUAUCACCACAUUGUGCAGUAGACACACACACACUCCGUUAGACAGAUACACAAUAAGCUGUCGGAUCCUAAAAAGGCAGAGCAAGGGAUGGACAGAGUCAUUCCUGCUAUUGUUAUUCUUUAGGAACAGACCUUUCUUCAGCUGGUCUGAAAAAUGUUUGUAAGACUGCAACCAUUUUUCUAUGAGUAAUACAAUGUGCAUUCAUGCAGAUUUCUUUAAAUUUGGUCCACCCAGGUACAUAUUUUUAGUAUUAUAUCUGCAUAAAUGAUGAGGCAAUGAUGUUUUUACCAAACUGAUACUGUUUUCUAAUGUUUUCCCAGCAAUGUUAGCUUUUAGCAUUCGGGGGUGGGCAAUACGCAUAAAACCUAUGAGUAUAUAUAUAUCAUUUUAUGUUGUUUUAGCAAUAUAUAUUGUCAUAUAUUGUUAAGAUUCUGGACAUUUAAUUGAGAAAAGAUAAAAUACCCCAGUUGGAAAUGUCUAUUUUUGUUUAUCCAAUCAAUAAAAUACCUGAUAAAUCCAAAUGUUGCAUCACAUUGAUGCAAAAAGUUUGUGUAUCCGAUAUUGCCAUAUUAAAGUGAUGGGUACCUUAGUAUAAAUGAUGGGCAAAACCUCAAAUUCCUCUCAUCUCAUACUAUAUACCGUCAUAUCCCCCAUCCCGAAUUAGCAGGUUUUCAUUAAUCGAGUCUAGCCUCCACACAUGUCUGUCUUGGCCUAAUGAAGUGUCCAAAUUGGGCCAGUUUUGUUACAGUCUCACAGUUGUUCUGACUUUCUGCUGGAAACAAACUAAACACAGUAGUUGUGUUUGCUGGUGUAAUGAUCAUCUUUCCUGCCAUUACAGAGUUGGAAGUUCAGUGAGUGCAGCUGUUGGUUUCCAUCCAGAGUUUACUCCUCCGACACACAAACACACACGCAGUCCUGUAAUCUUCCUCCACGGCACCACAAACGCUCCACUCAUUCCCAGAAUUACAACUUUGUUCUGCAUCUGUCCGGGCUCAGUCGGCAGUCACCUGUUGUUGAACUGUAACAGCCAGUAAUCUGCCCUCUGCUGCUUUUUACAUCAACCCAAGUUAGCGCUCCUCCUUUGUUUUCCUUGUUUUUAUGACAGAUGUACACUACUUUUUAAUGUUCAUAAGGAAUAGAGGUUAUUUUUGUGAAUUUGUUUAUUUCAGAGUUUAAGAAAUAUUUUGAAAUGUUUAAAGCCAAUUUUGUAAACUGUAAAAUACAUAUAUAAAAUGGAAAGUUUUAUGA